AUGUCAUCGCGCGCAACGGUGUUCGUCCGUUCGUCGGCCUUUAAGAUUACCAAGAAACAAGUCCUAAAUCUCGGAGGACGAAAGGAGGUGAUUACCAUUGGAGACGUCCAUAUAAAUCUAGUCUAUCGCGUUGAAUCCAAGCACUACCAGUUCAUACUUCUUCCAUCUACAAGUCUACUCUUGAAUUCUCAGCUGAAGAAGUUUAUCACAAUGGCGAAUCUAUUCAACAUCCUUCCCCCAAAUACCCCUGGCAAGGCUGAGCCCUUCAAUUUCCAUGUAUCCGACGAAGAGCUGGUCGAAUUCAGAGACCUCUUGAACCUAUCUAAGAUCGGACCUGCAACCUGGUGGAACCAGCAGAAAACCCCAGAGUUCGGAGUGUCUCUUGAGUGGCUGAGCAAGGCAAAAGAGACUUGGCUCACAAGCUUCGACUGGCGUAAGCAUGAGGAAUACAUUAACAAAUUCCCAAAUUUCAAGAUUGCUAUCAAGGAUCAUGAGGCCGGUCAUGUCAACAUUCAUUUCGCCGCGAUUUUUUCUGCAAGGAAAGAUGCCAUCCCUAUCAUCUUUCUCCAUGGGUUCCCAGCCUCGUUUGUUGAGUUCUUGCCAAUGAUGGAACUACUGAUGGAGAAGUAUACUCCUGAGACUCUUCCAUACCAUGUCAUUGUGCCCUCUUUGCCCGACUUUGGACUGUCCAGUAGGUCUAGUCAGGACACCGAAAUGACACUGGACCGAGCUGCGUUUAUCAUGAAUCAGUUGAUGCUCGACCUUGGAUUUGGUCGAGGGUACAUAGCACAGGGCGGUGAUCUCGGGAGUAUGCUUGCACGGAUCAUGUCCGUUCAAUACAACGAAUGCAAGGCCUUCCACGUCAACAUGCUUACGCUGAACCCUGGACAGUCCGUCUCUUCCUCCAGCAGUCCUACUCCUGAAGAGCUGCGUAUUGUCGAACGGACAGAGGCUUGGCGUCAAACUGGCCUAGCGUAUGCACUUGAGCAUGGCACUCGUCCUGCAACUGUCGGUUUAGCUAUUUCGUCUAGCCCACUCGCCAUGCUAGCUUGGAUAGGGGAGAAGCUCCUUGAGUGGACUGAUCCUCGGGAGCCAUUCCCACUCGAUACCAUCCUAAGCAUGGUCAGCUUCUAUUGGUUCACGCAGACAUUUCCCCGCAGUUUGUAUCAUGCAACUCUUGUGAGGAAUCUUCUUGCAGGGGACCCGCAUCCGAUAUCAAUGGAGAAGCCACUUGGGUAUUCAUUGUUUCCAUAUGAUCUCGCCGUGCUGCCGAAGGCCUGGGCCGAAGAGAUAUACCCUAAUCUGGCUAUCUUUAGGAGUCAUUCCAAGGGAGGUCAUUUUGCCAGCUUAGAGCAGCCGGAAGCAUUUUUACAAGAUGUUGAGGAGUUUGUUAGUGAAGUCAGCGGAUUAUUUGGUGUCUGA